GAAAAAAAAAAGAGAGAAGCAGAAGCCCCGCCCAGGAGACCUCCUGCAGCUCUGACGUCAAUGGACGUCAGCCCUGAGAACAUGAUGCCUUGUGCAAGCAGCAGCAGCAGAGCCUUGCACAGAGCUGCUCACUGGUUUCCUGCACGGCUGCCUCCACUCCCCGGCUACUGUGACACUCUGCUCGGGCUGUGAUCGCGCUGGGUGCAUGUGAUCCCUACACUAUGCUCCCGACUUCUCAGCACUCCAGCUACAAGCGGCUGCCUGCUGCUGCUGCUGCAGCGAGUUGAUGAACAGACUUUAUUGUGGACUAAAAGCAGAACUGAUCCUGAUCCAGUCACAUUUGAUUCAUGCAUUUUUUGCACCCUAUGUUUUGCAGGAUUCCAUUCUUUGCAUUGGAUGUGUGAUCAGUUCUGGGUACACCCCCUCCUUGCAAAUUCCGAGACAAUGCAAACUCUAAUGUCUGGGAUUUUAUGUUGGAGCAAUAACUGGCCGGGUUCAGACCUUUGUCAUUAAGUAUCUUAUUUUUUAUUAUUUUCCCUCGUGUUGUGGACAAUGCAUUCUGACCCCUAACUGGAUAUGUUGUGUCUUUGCUGAACCAGGGACAGUAACCCAUGCAUUGCCUGUAACUCCUGCCAGCCAUGGACAGGCAGCCCUGAUGGGGGCAUUGUGUGGUCUGCAUCUGCUGUCCAUUCUUGUUUUGCUUGAGCUCUGCUGGGGGGUGUGAGCGUGCCGGUUGAUGCCUUUUGCCCCUUGGAAGUCACUGGCCUGGGUCCCAGCAUGGUCAUGGCGGAUUGUCAGAGGCAUGUGCAGAGGGGUCCUGUCCGGGUUGGAUUCUAUGACAUAGAACGCACUUUAGGGAAAGGGAAUUUCGCUGUGGUGAAGCUGGCCAGGCAUCGCAUUACCAAAACCGAGGUAGCAAUAAAGAUCAUAGACAAGUCUCAGCUGGAUGCUGUAAAUUUAGAGAAAAUCUACAGAGAAGUUCAAAUAAUGAAGAUGCUGGACCAUCCCCAUAUUAUCAAACUUUAUCAGGUUAUGGAAACCAAAAACAUGCUUUAUCUUGUGACCGAGUAUGCCAAAAAUGGAGAGAUUUUCGAUUACUUGGCUAAGCAUGGGCGCCUGAACGAGUCAGAAGCUAGGAGGAAGUUUUGGCAGAUCCUUUCCGCGGUGGAAUACUGUCACAGUCACAAUAUCGUGCACCGAGAUUUGAAGGCAGAAAAUCUGCUGCUAGAUAACCACAUGAACAUAAAGAUAGCAGACUUUGGGUUUGGCAACUUUUACAAGACUGGAGAACCCCUAGCCACAUGGUGUGGUAGCCCACCAUAUGCAGCUCCAGAAGUGUUUGAAGGACAGCAGUACGAGGGACCUCAGCUGGAUAUAUGGAGUAUGGGUGUAGUCCUCUAUGUCCUAGUGUGCGGAGCUUUACCAUUUGAUGGCCCUACACUCCCCAUCCUGAGGCAGAGAGUUCUGGAAGGGAGGUUUCGGAUUCCGUAUUUUAUGUCUGAAGAAUGUGAGCACUUAAUUAGGAGGAUGCUGGUGCUGGAGCCUUCAAAACGUCUCUCUAUUGCUCAAAUCAAAGAGCAUAAGUGGAUGAUGACAGAGGUGCCAGUACAUCGACCUGUCUUGUACGCCCAGAGUCCAGAGAAAGACGUUUCUAUUGGGGAACACAAUGAACAAGUCCUGAGGCUCAUGCACAGCUUGGGGAUAGACCAGCAAAAGACCAUAGAGUCUUUACAGAAUCGUAGCUAUAAUCACUUUGCUGCCAUAUAUUACCUGCUUGUGGAAAGGCUUAAAUCUCACCGAAGCAGCUUUCCUGUGGAGGCCAGGAUCGAUGCACGGCAACGACGACCCAGCACCGUCGCCGAGCAGACAGUUGCCAAGACCAGUACCGUGAUGUCUCCAGUGAAUCUCUUGUCGCAAAAUGUAAGGAUGAUGAGGACGCCAAUUCUCCCAGAAGCCUCCACUGUAGACCCUUUCUCGUAUCCUCAAAGCAGCUGCCAGGCUGAUGCCACAUUCCUAGAGGAAGCAGUGAACACACCAACGGUUAAUGGAUGCCUAUUGGACCCAUUACCCCCUGUUGCCAUGAGGAAGGCUUGCCAGUCUUUGCCAAGCAACAUGAUGGAGACAUCUAUUGACGAAGGUAUAGAAACAGAAGAUGACUCAGAAGAUGAUCCAGCUUCAGCAUUUGCCGCUUUUCAUGGUAGACGCAGUGGGCAAAGGCGGCACACACUAGCAGAAGUGACCAACCAGUUAGUGGUCUUGCCCAGUGUGGCACCAGACAUGGAAGGUAAACUCUUCACUAUUGGUAACAACCCCUCUUUAGGAAGUGUGGACUGCGAAUAUGACAUGGGAUCUGUACAGAGUGACCUCAACUUCCAGGAUGAUGUGGGAGCUCUGAAUGAGGUGACUCUGGCCAACCAGACAGUCACCAGGCUUACUCCACCAUAUAUAGGAUUGCGGCCUACCAACCUGCCUAUGCCAGCUAUGACCUCCCAAAAGCGGGAGGUUCACAACAGGUCUCCAGUCAGCUUUCGUGAGGGGAGAAGGGCAUCUGAUACUUCAUUAACACAAGGAAUUGUGGCGUUUCGACAGCACCUGCAAAACUUGGCAAGAACCAAGGGUAUCUUAGAGCUCAACAAGAUCCAAUUGUUGUAUGAGCAAAUGGGACCAACGGAGGAUCCAGAUCUGCUGAGCACAUCCCUCCACCUCCAAGAUCCCAACCAACCCCAGCCCGAUAUCUCUGCACAACUUCCAAAUAUGUCAACAUUUCCCAACGGCAUACAACCUCAGAUACUGUCUAGGCGUCAGAGUUUGGAGACUCAGUAUCUACAACACAGGCUGCAGAAAGGAAACCUGCUGGCUCAAGCUCAGAACAGCUGUCAGAUGUAUUGCAAGGAAACGCCCCGAAGUCUGGAGCAGCAACUGCAGGAACACAGGUUACACCAGAAGCGUCUCUUUCUCCAGAAGCAACCACAGCUGCAGGCUUAUUUCAACCAGAUGCAGAUAGCAGAAAACAACUAUCCGAUGCAAGGACAACAGAUUCCACUGGAAUCCGUGCAGCAGAGCCAAUUCAGCUUGUCUCAGCCACUCAGCCCAGUGUUGGAGCCCACUUCUAAUGAAAUGCAAUAUGAUCCAUUCUUAAGUCAGUAUCACAAACUGCAUUCGCAGCAGAUGCAACACAUGGUACAGCCCAGCCAGCCACAGGUCGUAACACAAAUUCAUGUACAGCAGCCACCCUUACAGUAUGCUUACCAGACCUGUGAAUUAACUGGCGUGCCAAUACAUGAAUCUGAAUAUACAAACCAAUGUCAGUAUUCUAUGCAUUCAGCUCAGCAAGGCGGAAUGGUAUUGCAAGAGAACCAGGAUAGCCCAACGGGACACGAUACUCUGUCGUCUUACAAAGCCUUGGCCCUGAAUGAGUCUUUUGACUGUGAGAUGAUGGAAACUGUUGACUCUCAGCACAGUGGCUAUGUUUUGGUUAAUUAGCCCAUGUGCAGAUUAUUGUAUCUGAUACAUGACAAUAAGGUCAAAUACGUAGGAGGAGAAAGUUUAAUUUUAACAGCUUUUUUCUUUUGUCCCAACUGAAGUCUGGAAGGAAUCUAUCUCCUUGAAACUGUUUCCAACGUGGAACCCGACUUGCGUGGCUGAGUUAUCUUGCUGGAUGUCACAAAAUUUCCAUGAAACGUGGAGAAAAGUGAUAAUGGAGUCCUGCAAGGAGUUAUGAGAAGAGCAUUCUGUGGAUCUGCUAGUGGAGAAGAUAUGUAACUUUAGAUCAGCCUGCUGAUCCUCACCACACCUGCAACAUGAAGCUCUUGUAAGACAAAGUACCAUUAAAAGCAAUAUUUCAGGAUAUUUCAUGAUGUGAUCCUAACAUUAAAAACAAAAGCUUCUUUUGUAGACUAAGUAAAAAAAAUUCGGGAACCUUUUCAUCUAAGCUACUGAGAUAGGCAUCAAGCACCUUCCAUGGAGAAGCUAAGAGCUCAUCACAGUUACUGGAUUCUACACUACUGGAGGUACUCAUGUCUCAUUGAACCUCAGCAAAAGAAUACAGACUUUGGUGCAGUGACCUAACCAAUAGAUAACACUGCAUGAACUUAUUUUGCAUACAUACUGACUGAGGACAGGCAAUAAGUUUUCCUGGAUAACAGCAGUUUGAGGUUAGGCAACUUUUUGGAGGUAGAACCGGAUGACUUUGUCAUAAAUCAUCGGCCGAAUGUGAUAAGGCCAUUCUGCUGUCUUCUCUCUGCCGGGGGGAAAACAGGUUUUGGGAGAUGACAAUUGUUACAGAACUGUAACUUUUUAACAUGAUGAAGAAAUAAUAAUCUUGACUGUGUUUUCAGGUCACGGUAAUACUAUAUGUUGUUAUUUGUUGACGAAACUUUGUAAAUUUGGUAAACUGUCUAGAUUUUAGUCAGGAACACAAAAUCAGCUACAAAAUACGUGUGAUGUGUGGUAGUUUUGUGCCUUUAUGGGUUUUUUCAUAAUAGAAUAUACCUUUCUUUUUCAGAUGAAAAACAAAGUUAGAUGAUAUCCCAUUUCUAUCAAUGCUACAUCCAAAGUCGAGUCAGAGUUUGUGUGUAUGUUCGUCUGUUCCACUGUGUGGAAUGCAAAAAGCGUUUAAUCAAUGUUCUGAUUGCUCAUGUGUAGAAAAAAUGUUUUAAAAAGUAUUAUAGCAAUAUUUAAUUCUAUUUUAAUGUCAUGAACUGUUGAUAUUAACCAUGGCAAUGGAUGUUUCAUGAAAACCUGAAGUGAUGGAGUUCUAGUACCCUAAAAGCAGAUACCCAUGUAUCUAUUGAGGUUAGUAGUCAUAAUGGGUUACCAUAGCUAGAGACGUAACCUGAAACUCAGCACAUCCACAGUGACUGCUCCAUGCAUUGCACUUUCUGUAUAUUCUAGACUUAAUAAAGCCAUAGUGUGAUGACACUUUUGGAAAGAUUCAUCGCCAGUAGUAUUAAUUCAUUUUCUCCUUCAUUUUAGCAUAUGAAUUAGCUUGAAUUGUCCAUUCUGAACAAUAUGACACUAAUGUAAACUGACCACAAUCCAAGGCAUCGCCAUGACCACCCACAUUGAUCAAUCUACUGUAUAUCAAAUAUGUAACAUCUCCCCAUAUCAGGGCAGUCUUAACAGCAUAGUAGAGCCUGGGUAAAGCAAUGCACUGGGGCCCCUACACACCCAUUUACGGGCACCAAUUUUAUAAAAAAUAACAUGCCCCUCCUGCGGUUCUGUGCCAUCCCUCCACAUGCUUCCAUAAAGUAAAUGGUUGUCAGCACUUUGAUUGGUGGAUAGCUCCAGCCAUCCACCAAUCAGCAUGCUGAUAGCCAUUCACCGUCUGGCUUCAAGCUUGGAGGCUACUCUGAUUGUGGGACCAUCACCCGCCCCUGCUCGGAGACCCCUAGAAAUGUGGGGCCCUGGGCAGCUGUCCAGUGUGCCUAUACAUUAAGAUUGCCCUGUCCCAUAUGAUUUCAUGGUUGCCUUCUUCACCACAAUAGGCAACAGCCAAAUGGGGAAAAAUUGACAAGGUACAAGGAAGUACAUUUGGGAUUGUCCUUUAAACAUGAAAUCAGACGUCUGUCCAAAAAUGCAAAUGGAAAAUUUAUGGGUGGGGUUUUUUUUUUUC